AUGAGAGCGAAAGCUCUUCUCUCUGAACCGAUUUGGACCGUCAUGUCCAGCUCCGGUUCUCGUACCCGAUUUAAAAUGACAGAUAAACCGAAAAGACCAAUGUCAGCGUAUUUAUUAUGGUUGAACAGCGCUAGAUCAAAAAUAAAGGAUGACAAUCCAGGAUUAAAAGUAACGGAGAUAGCCAAAAAAGCAGGCGAAAUCUGGAGGUCCAUGUAUGACAAAAGCGAAUGGGAAGAAAAGGCGGCAAAAGCCAAAGAACAAUACAUUGUAGAUUUAGAAUCAUUUAAUGCAAAUGGCGGCGGUCCCGUAGAGAAAAAAAAGAAAACCCAAAAACGCGGGAAGAAAGCGAAACCGGCGCCAAAAACAAAGAAAGUGAAACAGGACGCCGAGGACGAUGAUGAUGAUGACGAUGACAAAGAUGAUGAGAACGACAGCGAAUGA